CCCUUCCCUCAGGUCCUCUUCAAGCGCAAGCCGGUGCAGUUCCUGCCCGUGCCCCAGAUCGAAGAUGAGCACCAGGAGGUCUGGCAUAUUCCCGAGACCGGCGAGGUCUUCGUCACAUAUGAAGACUACUUGGAGCGGAUGGACUUUUAUAAGCAGAAACGCUUUAUCUGCACCAUUACAGGCCACUCGGGUCUAACCUUCUUCGAUGCGCUGUCAAGCGAGCUCGCCGGCGCCGCCGAGGUGGACCAGGCGUUCCCCGAGGCGCUCAAGGGCCCCAUCCUGCGACGCGUCCAAUUCCAAACCGUGUCCCGCAUCGACACGCUCGUCGACCAGAUAUACGACGAGUUUAAGAACGACUACUACCCGGGCGAGGCCGUGACGGUACACAUCCUGGGCGGCGAGAGACUCCACGGCGUCGUGAGGGACAAGACGCGCUUCGGCAGCAAAGUUCUGCCCGACGGCAGUGUGACCCCGCCCUUCUCGCGCUACUUCGUCAGCCUGGACGAGCGCCCCGACGAGGAGGCCGUGGUCGACGAUUCGCACAUCUUCCGCGACCGAAAGGUGUUUACCAAAGCGGUCCUGCGUUCUUUCAUCAAGAAGACGGUGACCAGGGAAGCCUGGAACGGGGCCCCAUGGUUGGUGAAGCACGACGUGGCGGAGAAGUACCACAUCGAUACGCGCAUCCCGCCGCACUUGCGCUAUGACAACAAGCUCCUCGAGCGGAAGCAGCUGCAGCUGCAGAAGAAGGCGUCGUCGCAGUUCGACCCAGCAGCCCUGGCGUCCCCUGGGCCCUCCAGCCCCACCGGCUUUAGAUUGCCCGAGCUGAAGCCUGCACCGAAGAGUCACAAGUCUAAGGCCCAGCAGGCCCUCCAGGCGCAACAGCAUGCGAUCAAGGGCAAGCACAGCACGUUUGGAGGGCAUGAGCCUGGGCAGUUCGUCCACCUGCCGCUGCCCGGCAACCCCUUCCAGUUCCCCAUAUCAUUCCGCGGCCAGGAGCCGCCGCCGAUUGUCAGGCAGCGGGAGCCGACACCACCCCCGCCGCCGGUGAAGUAUCCCAUCGAGGACCUGCAGGUCGAGCGUCGGGGGCUGGUUCGGCCUCAGCUCAAGUACAUGUGCAGCGACACGCCAGUCAGCGUCGGGCCCGAGGCCAAGUCGCCCUUCAGCGACAAGAUCCUGAUGAAGUCGGUAGGUCCGUUGCUUGAGACGUGGGACACGUUGAACGUCUACUGCGAGAUAUUCAAGCUGGACUCGUUCACCUUCGACGACUACGUGGAGGCCAUGAUCGUGGCCUCCGACGAAGUCCCCGUCCAGCUCUUUGACGAGAUACAUUGUGCGGUUCUCAAGAUCUUGGUCACCUCCGAGGCCGAAGGUGGCAAGGUACAGAUUCAGCUCCCGGAACUGGAGGACGAGGAGGAGGAUGAGGAGGAGGAAGAAGAGGACGAGCAGGAUGAGAGCAGUGCGCCAACACCGGAACCAGAACCGCAACCUUCGGGUCGGGCGACCCGGAGCAGCUUGGCGAAGAUGGAGGCGGAGAGGCUAGCUGCGGAGGCUGCGGCGGCGGAGAAGGAGAUGCGGGAGGCCGAGGACGCGCCGAAGCACCGGGCUGAAGAAGUGCUCCGUGGCUACGACUGGAUCGAGCAUCUCAGCAAGCGGGACUUCAAGGACGGCGGCUGGCAGCUGAUCAUGGUUGGCCUGCUGCACCAGCUCUCCAAGAACGAGCGGCUGAAGGCGAGCUGCGAGGAACUCCUUCAACAGCUGGUCCCGAUUGACAUUGAGCCCUCCCAGGAGACAGUACGCCAGAGAUACGCCAAUCUCGACGUCAACUAUCGCGUUCAGGCAUUGCAAAUCAUCUGCAUGCUGACGGCCGAGACGAAGGCAAUCCGCGGGUACAUGGAGGAUUGCAGUGAGACGAUGACCGGGUACAGGAAAGAGAAGAUUGAGUGGCAGAGGAGGAGGAAGCAAUUGAUCGAGGAGCUCAAAAACCUCAAUGACCAGCGCAAGAUUCUGUUGCCUGAUAACCUUCCUCCAAGCCCGCCGCUCGAGCCGGCAAAGACCAACGGGGAUGUGAAAAUGUCAGAUGCCGAAGAUUUGCCGGCCAACACGUCAGACGAGGUCCCGGACUCGGAUGACGACGGGCAGGCGAGGAAACUGCGGCGCGCGACCGACCGCGCCGCGGAACGCAAGCGGAAGGCCGAGAAGGAGCAAGAGCGGAAGGAGAAGGCUGAGGCGGCGGCCAAGGUGCCGAAGCAGACGAAGCAAUUCCAGCGGGUGCUCAAGGACAUCCAGAAGAAGGAGGACGAGAUCGCCGAGUGCGAGCGCGAGAUUGCCGUCAUUGACAACGACCUGCGUGAGGCCGACUGCCCGCGCACACGUGUGCUCGGCAAAGACCGGUUCUGGAACCGGUACUACUGGUUCGAGCGCAACGGCAUGCCCUACGGCGGGCUCCCCGACAGCUCGACCGCGUCGGCAGGCUACGCCAACGGGUGCAUCUGGGUCCAGGGGCCGGACGAGCUCGAGCGCGAGGGCUACAUCGACAUGAAGGCCGAGUACCAGGACGAGUACAGGGCCAAGUUUGGCAUGACGGUGCCGGAGCGCAAGAAGCUCGAGGAGGGCGCCACCAGUGUGUUCAACGCCUGCCAGUGGGGCUACUACUCCGAGCCGGAGGACGUGGACGCGCUCAUCGCCUGGCUGGAUGUCCGCGGCUCCAACGAGCUGAAACUGCGCAAGGAGCUGGUCAACUACCGCGAUAAGAUCGUCACCAACAUGAAGAACCGCAAGGCCUAUCUCGCCCCGCCGGACGAGAAAAAGGAGAAAACAGAGGGCGGCGACAACGCCGGCGAAGCCACACCCGCCGCCGCCGCGGCCUCCACAGCAGGAAGCAGUGUUGUCAACGGCAGCCGCAACAAUAUCAACAAUAACAACAAGAGGAUGAGCACCCGCGGCAGGGGCGUCACGACCAUCGCCGGCCCCCCACCGCCGCCCCCGCCCCCGCCUGCAGCCGCGGAGCCGGCGCCGGCGCCGGCGCCCACGUACCGGUGCAUGAACUGGGUGAACACGAUGGCGCUGGACGAGAUCGGGCACCUGCACAGCCAGGAACCGCCGCCGGCGCGGCCGCGCAAGAUGACCAAGAAGAAGGAGGCCGCCGUGGCUGCUGCUGCUGCGGCGGCGGCCGCGGCUGCGGCCGCGGCUGCGCCGGACAUGGUGGUUACGAGGGGCAAGAAGGGCCGGCAGGGUGCUGCUGGCGCGGGGAGGUGA